GACCAGGCUGGCAUUUGAUUGAAGGAACGCCAAGAUGCAGACAUACAAGGGAGCUAUUUUGGUUUUUGUGACUCUAGGGUGUUUCAUUGGUGGUGUCUUGUCUACUUGUCCUGCAGAUGUACAUGUUAAUGGCUGCAGCAUCCCAUUGAAUGCGCCUUUUCCAUACAAGGAGCUAUUUAAACCUGUCUGUAACAGACACGACGUUUGCUACAUAUGUGGAAAUCGCUAUGGCUGGACUAGAGAAAUCUGCGAUGUAGCAUUUAAGCGUGACAUGGAACAAAAAUGCACCGACAGAUACAACAACAGAAAACGGUUCUUCAGCUCUAUUUGGAACGGCAUAACGGGGGCAACUAAGGUCGCAACAGAGAUUGCCAAAUGGCCUUUUAUUCGUGGAGAUCUUAAUCAUUGCAAACACGGGGCUAAAAUAUAUUACGAAGCCGUGAAGUACUUUGGAAAGAGUUACUUUGUCUCAAGCUCUCCAGAAUGGUGCAAAGAAGAAUGCGCAAAAAAUGCUGGAAAUCCAAACAUUUAAGUGAACAGAAAACGACAGAAAUAUAGCAGAAUACACUGAAAAAUUCAAUCUGGAAUAUAAAAUGAUUAUAAUUGUAGAUAUAUCGUAAAUAUAAA